AUGGUUGGAAGACAAAGCAGCUUUGUGUUUGGAGUGUUUACUUUACGCCUUCAUGCAAAAGCAGUACCGAAGGGGACGGACGAAAAUGCGACCAAGAUUCUCUACAGACCAUGCAAGGCCCUGCCCUGCGAGUGUCUUGUCGGUCUGUUGAAGCGACACACAGGGCGGCCCAAAAGGGACGGUUCAUUGUCUGAAGGGAUUGCUCCUGGAAGCAAAUAUGACUGCACCGGAGCGAUUGCUGGGUGGCUGGCCUCGCGAAAUAAGUCCUCCUGUGGAUCGUUCACUCCACCAGCAGAGAUACAGCUUCACUUGAGUCCUUGA